AUGAUAAGCACUGACUUGGUGAGCGCAGCAGCAGAUGCUCUCCUUCCAUUAAUUCUUUGUGAGCAAGGUCUAUAUCAGAUUGACUAUCUGUUAGUAGUUCUGGUUCCAUUUGCUAAUGCUACACGAUAUAUAAAAAACUUUUGCUUAAUUGUCUUCCGGCCCUCUCUUGACACCUCACAGUAUUUGAGUGAAUCUUGUCAAGAAGAAGGUAUCUCCGGAAUGUAUGGUUUUUGUGAUGCUAAUAUGCUUUCUCCAUUAUCACCAAUAGAGAAAGAAGAGGAUCGAUCUAACUACUUGGCUAGCAUUUUUGCAUGUAAUAAUGCUAAGAACAAAAACCAAUUAUUCAUGGCACCUUAUUACGAAAAUCGGCAUUGGAUGUUAGCAAUUAUUAGUCCAUUGAAGGGAUUGGUUUAUUGGUUAGAUCCUGCUGGUGUGGAAAAUAAAGUGCGUGAAAAUGCUCGUAAAAUUAUUUAUGAGGGGCUUGUGAAGUUUAGCAUGGUUCAUCGAAAGGAUCUCAAAAAAAUUAAAAAGAAUCCUAAAGUUGGUUGGAACAAACUAAAAUGUCCUCGUCAACCUCAAGACGCCAAAUACUGUGGAUAUUAUGUAUGCCGUUAUAUGCUUGAGACUAUUGAAAGUAGGCAACAAUUGAUUUUGGAGGAGUUUUCCCCUUGGGCUCCUUCAACUUAUUCUCAGGAGAGCAUUGAUCAAGUUCGAGAUUUAUGGAUUUCUUACGUUGUCAAACAUAGGCAACAAAAAUUGGAGAAGGAAGCAGAAGAUUUGGAUGAUGUGUUACAAUAUCAUAUCGAUGGAAAUUAUUAAAGAUUAGAAUUCAUGAAGAAUUUUGAUGACAUUUGACUUUUGGAAUACGAUAAUUGUAUAGUUUAAUUCUAGUCUAAUUAUAUGAUGAAAUGGUUUAGAAUUUUUGCUGUUGGUAUAGCAUGUAUGAACGCGUAUAUUUA